GGCGUACGUCAGGCGCCGUCCAGCCCGGUUUGAUCGUGCAUUCGACCGAUUAAUCGGUCCGUGCCGCCUGUGCAAUCGUUUUAAGCGUCGUUCCGUUCCAUGCAAAUUGCGAAAAAGUGUCGGAAAAUUGAGGAAAAAUAUGUCGUUAUCCAGUGCCAACGUGUGAGGGCCACCGUACGCGAACAAUAGCUAGCCGAAUUACCAGUGCAUUUAUCGCAUAGCCGGCGUUUUUCCGUUCGCCGAAAAACACUCAAAAGGGUAAAAAGAUAGCCACUUCUUUGCCCGUGUACGUGUGCGUGUGUUUGCGUGUCUUUAAGUGUGUGUGUGCCAGCGCUCGCUGUUGUGUGCGUGUGUGUGUGUGUGUGUGUAUGUGAAGAAAACGCCGCACACUGCGAAAAUUUUCCUUUCCUUUCCCCAACGGUCGAAUAUAACCGCUAAAAUUGUGGAAAAACAGGAGAAAACCCCCAAGCGGAAGAAGAAGACUGCAGCCAGUAAAAUGUCUGCAGUUUAUUCGCCGCAACCGCCGCAGCAGCAGCCGCAACAGCAGCAGCAACUGCAGCAGCAGCCUCCCCCGCCACAACAACAACAACAGCAGCAGCAACAGCAGCAACAACAACUGCAGCAACCGCCACCAAACUCCGCGCCCAAUCAACAGCCGCCUGGAUCCGGAGUAGGUCCCGGCGGAGGAGGCGGUGGUGGACCAGGCGGCGGUGGCAUCCUGCCCAUGGGCAUGCAGCAGCAGCAGCAACGGCCGCCCAUGGGCGUGCCAGGAUCGCCGGGCAGCAUCAUCUCUGGCGGCGGCGGUGGUGGUGGAGUUGUUGGCGGCGGCGGUGGAAUGCCCGGUGGCGGAAUGAUGGUCACACCGCCGUCCACUCCACGCGGUGGCGCCAAUAUGCAAGGCGGCGGCGGCGGCGGUGUGACGCAGCAAGUCAACUCGGCUCAAAUACAAAAGAUGCUCGACGAGAACUGCGGCCUCAUCCAGACAAUUCAGGACUUCCAGAGCAUGGGCAAGGCGCAGGAGUGCAUGUCCUACCACGUCGCGCUGCAUCGCAAUCUGGUCUACCUCGCCCAGUUGGCCGAUCCCGCCAUGAACAUCUCACAGAUACUGCCGCCGCCGCACAUCCUCCAAACGCAGGCGAUGCAGCAGGGCGGCCAGCAGACGCCGCCAACUGGACCGCACGGCAUGCUGGGCGGUCCGCCGCAGCAGCAGCAGCAGCCCGGCCAGGGUCCGGUGCCGGGACAACCGGGCCAGGGUCCGCCGCAGAUGGGCAUGCAGCAGCACGGCGGCGAUCCCCAGGGACCGCCCGUUCAGAUGCCGCCCUACGGCGCCCAGCAGCAACAGCAGCCGCAGCCGCAUCCUGGCCUGCCGCCGGGCGCCCAACAGCAAUCUCAGCAGCAGCAACAGCAGCAGCAACAACAACAACAGCAGGCAGCAGCGGCGGCGGCAGCAGCAGCGGCAGCAGCCGUAGCAGCCGGCCAACAGCAGGGACCGCAGGUCAGCCAAGCGGGUCCGCAGUCGCAGCAGCAGCAGCAGCAUCCCGUCUACCGCAACGCCCAGGGUCAGGGACAGCCGGGAGCUGGCCAGGGACCUGGUCAGGGCCAGGGGCCGGGUCAGUCUGUGAUCAAUCCAAAUGCCGCGCCCAAUCAACAGCGUCCCAACAACGGACCCCUGUCCGGACCCCAGAAUCCCCAGCAGCAGCAGCCGCAACCAGGCGGCCAACAGCCGCCCAACCAGCAGCAGCAGGGCGGUCCCGGCGGACCAGGACCACAGCCAGGAGCCGGCGGACCCGGUGUGCCGCCGCCGCAGAGUCCGUACCGCGUCAGCUACCAGCAGCAACAGCAGCAGCACAGCCACUAUCCGGGCUAUCCUCCACAGCCGCAGACGCAGUACCAGCCGCAGGGCGCCUAUCCCUACGGACCGCCAACCCAGGGCUACGGUCCACCGCCACCGGGUCCACCGAAUGCCGCUCAAGGUGGCUACCAUCAUGGUCCAGCUGGUGCGGCGACGGGAGCCAGUGGGCACGGCUAUCAGCCAAAUGCCGGAGCCGGUCAAGGACCACCGCCGGGUGCAUAUCCACCGCCGCCCGGCAGCCAGCAGGUUCCACCGGUGCCAGGGCAACAGCAGCCGCCGCCGGGACCACCACCACCCGGACAACCGCCGACCGGUGGCCAACAGCCGCCACCUGGACCGCCGCAGAGUCAAUACGGUCCGCCGCCGCCGCAGAACUCUGCUGGAGGACCGCCUCCAAUGGGCUAUGCGGGCUAUCCGCCAAAUCCCGGACAGUAUGGCCAGGCGGGAGCGGGAGGAGGGCCACCGCCCAGUGGCUACUGGCCGCCGCCACCACCCACAAGCAGCGCUCAGAGUCCCUAUCAGGCGUAUCAACAGCAGCAGCAAGCAGCCGCUGGUGGCGGAGCGGGUGCACCACCGGGCAGUAGCUACCCGGGUGGACCACCGACUAGUGGGGCAGCGCCACCACCACCGCCGGGCGGAGCCUACAGCACCACGGCGCCCAGUCAGACGCCACCGCCACAGGGUGGCGGCGGAGCAGGCGGUGGCAACACCAAUCCAAACGGACCCAACGCACAGCAAUCGACGCCGCCGCCGCAGGGAGGAGCUGGUGGUGGAGCGGGGCCCAGCGGACCUGGCGGAGCUGGUCAGCAGUAUGCGGGACCGCCGCAGCAACAGCAGCAACAACAACAGCCACCGGGCGUGGUGGUUUCCGGUGUGGCGCCGCUGUCCACGCAAGUCCAGCCCACAUACUCCACGCCGGGCAAUUAUAAUCAGCAGCCUGGCGCCCCGCCGCCGCCGCAACAGCAGCAACAACAGCAGCAGCAACAGACACCACCAUCGGCUGGCGGAUCCGCUGGCGGUGGCGGAGCACCAAAUGCCCAGGGACAAGGCAAUCAGCAACCGCCUCCGAAUGGAGCCACACCGCCGAUGCCGCCGAAUCAAUACCAGCCGGCGCCGGGCGCACCACAAGGUCCGUACGGAGGACCGCCUCCACCGCAGGCCUACGGACCACCGCCACCGGGGAGCGCGUAUCCCGGCCACGCAUACCAUCAGCCACCUCAGGCCGGCGGCUAUGCACAAUACCCGCCCACGCAGGGCUAUCAGGGCUAUCGGCCCGCCGGGGCACAGAUGCCGCCGCCAGGAGCCCCCCAGGGGCCACCACCCACCGGCGCAUACGGAUAUUACAGCCAACAGCCGCCCCAAUGAGGAAGGGACAGCCUAUUACCGCCGCUGCCACCUGGCUGUCUCCACAACAAGUAAUUCUCGUCUGGGAUUCGCUGGUUGAAGCUGGAGAGGAUUCACAGGCCGAACACCAAGGAAAUCCGGAGAGGAUUGCAGGAGGCCAGUUGGAGGAGGUGGUGCAGCGCGAGUAAUAGCAUAACUGGAUGGCGACGACAAGGAGCAGACGACGAUGCAGAUUGCGUAACACUAGGCAUAUGAUUAAGAUUUGUAUCAGUGGGUGUGGAGCAGGAGGAGGACUACGAUUAGAGCUAAGAGUGGCAGCCGCAGAAAAUGAAGUAUAAGUAGGAUUACAGAUAGGAGAAAGACGAGUAAGCAUAAGACUUAAAGUAG